GCUUUAUUUUCGUUUGGUCGGGUAAUAUUUACCGUUGAAUUCGAACUAACCCGACCCGUGAUGACGAGUGUGAGACAGAGUAGGUUACAGAAGCAGAAGAACAAAGGCUGGAAUGGCGAAGGUGUAUGGUUUGGGAUGCGAACCUGUCGUGGGGUCCUUGGCUCCUUCGAAGAGGAGAGAAUACAGAGUCACCAAUCGUCUCCAAGAGGGAAAGCGUCCUCUAUACGCCGUCGUUUUCAACUUCAUCGACUCUCGCUACCUCAACGUUUUCGCCACUGUGGGUGGCAAUAGGGUUACUGUUUAUCAAUGUCUUCAAGGAGGUGUUAUUGCUGUUUUGCAAUCAUAUGUGGAUGAAGAUAGAGAUGAAUCUUUUUACACUGUGAGUUGGGCAUGUAAUGUUGAUGGGACCCCAUUUGUUGUGGCUGGAGGAAUCAAUGGUAUAAUCCGAGUGAUUGAUGCUGGCAGUGAGAAGAUACACAAGAGUUUUCUUGGCCAUGGGGACUCCAUAAAUGAAAUCAGGACUCAGACAUUAAAGCCAUCACUUGUGAUAUCUGCUAGCAAAGAUGAAUCUGUCCGAUUAUGGAAUGUUCAUACUGGAAUAUGCAUUUUGAUAUUUGCUGGAGCUGGAGGCCAUCGUAAUGAAGUCUUGAGUGUUGAUUUUCAUCCAUCGGAUAUAUAUCGUAUUGCUAGUUGUGGCAUGGAUAAUUCUGUAAAGAUAUGGUCUAUGAAGGAGUUCUGGACAUAUGUAGAAAAAUCAUUCACAUGGACAGAUCUUCCUUCUAAGUUUCCCACAAAAUAUGUCCAGUUUCCUGUGUUCAAUGCUUCAGUACAUGCAAAUUAUGUUGACUGUAAUAGGUGGCUGGGUGAUUUUAUCCUCUCAAAGAGUGUUGACAAUGAAAUUGUCUUGUGGGAACCUAAAGUGAAGGAACAAACUCCAGGGGAGGGUGUAGUUGACGUCCUGCAGAAAUACCCUGUUCCUGAGUGUGAUAUCUGGUUCAUCAAGUUUUCUUGUGAUUUCCAUUUCAAUACAGCUGCAAUAGGUAACAGGGAAGGGAAAAUUUUUGUUUGGGAGUUGCAGUCAAGCCCCCCUAUACUUAUUUCAAGGUUGUCACAUGCUCAAUCAAAAUCUCCAAUCAGGCAGACUGCUACAUCCUUUGAUGGAAGUACUAUAUUGAGUUGCUGUGAAGAUGGAACAAUAUGGCGCUGGGAUGAUGUUACAAACUCCUCAGCAUAACUUAUCUCCAUGCUACACCAAUCUGAUGUGCAUGAUAUGCCCUCCAAUAUGAGAUCAUUUAUGGUUUAUUCAGUUUUUAGUUGUGAACACAAGGACCUGGUUUAUUUCCGUGUAUUUAUUUUGUUUUAGAAAGUCUUGCAUGAAAAUAUUUAGCUGAGAACUUUUAGUUUAAAGUUGUUAAAG